UUCCACGUCCAAGAUGGCCGCGGUUGGCGAGGAGAGACGUCGCUAAGGGGCUUGCCUGAGGCGAGGGGAUUCUAACAUUUUCAGAAAAUCUUUUGGAAAGAACAAGUCUACUUCAAUAAAUGAAGGAGAAUAAAGAAAACUCAAGCCCUUCAGUAACCUCAGCAAACCUGGACCACACAAAACCAUGUUGGUACUGGGAUAAGAAAGACUUGGCUCAUACACCCUCGCAGCUCGAAGGACUCGAUCCAGCCACUGAAGCCCGGUACCGCCGAGAGGGGGCUCGGUUCAUCUUUGAUGUGGGCACACGUUUGGGACUACACUAUGAUACCCUGGCAACUGGAAUAAUUUAUUUUCAUCGCUUCUAUAUGUUUCAUUCCUUCAAGCAAUUCCCAAGAUAUGAAGAAGUGAUGGUUCUGGAGAGAAUCCUGCUCCAGACCAUAAAGUUUGAUUUACAGGUAGAACAUCCAUACCAGUUCCUCCUCAAGUAUGCAAAACAACUCAAAGGUGAUAAAAAUAAAAUUCAAAAGUUGGUUCAAAUGGCCUGGACAUUUGUAAAUGACAGUCUCUGCACGACCUUGUCACUGCAGUGGGAACCAGAGAUCAUAGCAGUGGCAGUGAUGUAUCUCGCAGGACGUUUGUGCAAAUUUGAAAUACAGGAAUGGACCUCCAAACCCAUGUACAGGCGAUGGUGGGAGCAGUUUGUGCAGGAUGUCCCUGUGGACGUUCUGGAAGACAUCUGCCACCAGAUCCUGGAUCUUUACUCACAAGGAAAACAACAGAUGCCUCAUCACACGCCCCACCAGCUGCAGCAGCCCCCGUCUCUCCAGUCCACACCACAAGUGCCACAGGUGCCACCGCCCCAGCCGUCUCAAGGCUCCGACCCGCCCCAGCCGCAGCAGAAGGACUCGCAGCCGCCAGCGCCGCAGCCCCCGCCGCAGCCGGCCCCGCAGCCCAAGAAGCCGUCCCCGCAGCCUAGUCCUCCCCGCCCAGCAAAGCGGGCUGUGGUUGUUUCUCCCAAAGAAGAGAACAAAGCCGCAGAACCACCGCCACCUAAAAUCCCCAAGAUCGAGACCACUCACCCUCCACUGCCUCCGGCCCACCCACCUCCAGACCGGAAGCCUCCCAUCUCGGCUCCCUUAGGCGAGGCUGAGCCUCCAGGCCCUGUGGAUGCCAGUGACCUCCCCAAAGUGCAGAUUCCUCCUCCGGCCCACCCGGCCCCUGUGCACCAGCCGCCACCGCUGCCACACCGGCCACCGCCGCCACCGCCCUCCAGCUACAUGACCGGGAUGUCGACCACCAGCUCCUACAUGUCCGGAGAGGGCUACCAGAGCCUGCAGUCCAUGAUGAAGACCGAGGGCCCCUCCUACGGUGCCCUGCCCCCCGCCUACGGCCCACCAGCCCACCUGCCCUACCACCCGCACGUCUACCCCCCCAACCCGCCCCCUCCGCCUCCACCAGGGGCACCAGACACCUGCGGUCUGGGGCUGGGGCCCAAGGGAUGGGACGUGGGGUGA